AUAAACAUGAACAUGUGCUUAGGUGUUUGUUGAUCCGGAAAAUAUAUUGCACGUCCCUUUGAAAUAAAUAAGAUUUAUAAUACUGAUCGUUUUUGUUAUUUCUGAGUAUGCAUGGAUUAUAUUUGUAAAUGAAAUUAAUAAUAUAUUAAUUUCGGCUUAAUCUCUUUUUGAAAAUGGCAAAACUUCUGGGAAGAACCUUUCGUGCUAGAAGAAAGAAGAAACAUGACAUUGCUACUACAUCUGAAAAUGAUAAUUCAGCUACUCAAAAGUUCAAUUCUUUGUGCAAAUGGAUGGCAGAAAACGGCUAUAAAUCUAAGAAAAAACUAAGACCCAAAAAUUUCCCUGAUACUGGUAGAGGUUUAAUGACAGAAGAAAAAAUAUGUUCUGGUGAUAUUAUAAUUUCUAUUCCUCAAAACUUGCUGAUAACAUCUGAAUUAGUUUUAAAAUCAGAACUUGGAGAAUUUUUUAAACUGUACUGUCCAAAUGCAUCAGGCCAUCAGAUCUUAAGUGUGUUUCUAAUGUUUGAAAGAGCGAAAGGGAAAGCAUCAAUCUGGUAUCAUUACAUUGAAUCAGUACCAAUGUCAUAUAAUAUUCCAGCAUUUUAUGGACCCCAGUGCUUAUCUGUGGUGCCUCCUCUCAUUUAUGAACAAACUUUACAGCAAAUAAAGACAGUAAAAGAUUCAUACGAUCAGUUAAAUCUGAUUUUAAAUCAUUUAGAACAUUCAUUUCCUUUCACCCAUGGACAAGUGAAUUUUGAUGUGUUUAAAUGGGCUUGGUGCACUGUCAAUACCAGAUGUGUUUUCAUUGAAUGCUUUAAGAAUGACUGUGCAGGAAAGUCCUGUUUGUUUCAUCUUGCUUUGGCACCAUUUUUGGAUUUAUUAAAUCACAACACUGAUGUACAGGUCCAGGCUGGCUUUAAUCAAGAUAGCAAACAUUAUGAAAUAAUAAGCUUAUGUGAUUUCAAAAAAUAUUCUCAAGUUUUUAUAAAUUAUGGCUCACAUGACAAUCGUAUGCUACUCCUUGAAUAUGGUUUUGUUGUGCCAUAUAAUUACAACGACAAUAUACCUUUUACAAUGGACGAUAUAAUUGCUGCUUACAAAAAUUGCCAGUUUUCCUCGCACUCUCUUAAUACCAAAUUGCAGUUUAUUUUACAGAAUAACCUUAACAAAAGUUUAAUGUGCUCAUGUGAUGGCUUAAGCUGGAAUUUGAAAAUCAUUCUAAAAAUUUUAACAACAGAUUGCCAAGUCAAAAUGUCACCCGAUAAUCAUCAAAGAUCCCCUGGUCUCUACUAGUGCAUUUUCAAGAAAAUUCCUAAAAAUUCCAAAAGCUGAAUAUUGAUAGUUUCUUACAGCCUGAAUUAGACAAUGACAAUUUCAACAAAAUAUGCACAGAUCUCUUUAGAACAAAACUUAAAGAGCUGUCAUAUAAAUCAAACUUUACCG